CUGAAUUAAUUUAUAUAAAUAUGUGUACUAUUAUAAUAGAUGUUGUGGUGUUAUAUAUGACUCGACAAAAGGUGUGUGUGUGUGUGUGUGUGUGUUAUAUGGCAAGAAAGAAAAAAAUAUCUCAACUUUGUAUAUCAUUUAUAUAUCCUCAUAGAUACAGAAGAUGUCUGAUGACCAUGGGCCAGGUGGAAAUAAAGCUAGUGAUGCUACUAGUACAACACAGCAGCAGGCCAUCUCAGAUUUCCUAAGGUCUUCAAAGUACAAGACUGAAUCAAAGGAACAACAGACCAAGGAGCAGGCCAUAGCUAGAUGGAUUGGACGGACAGGUUUACCACUCACAACAAUUGAGGAUGAGGACUUUGUGCUAAUGAUGGGGAUGAUAGAUGGGAGACUAACAGUUCCAAAGAAAACUAAAAUUAGCAAUUUAAUUGAAACACAGUAUGAACAUGAAAGACAGAAGUUCAGAGAGAGUCUGGCUGCUGCCCGGAAAGUAUCCAUUGGCCUUGACUUGUGGACAAAAAAAGGAUUGACAGCCUCAUUCCUUGCUAUAAGUGCAUGCUACUUUUGUGUUGAAAAAAGUAAACCUGCACACAUAUUGUUGGCCCUUCAACAAGUAGGUCACCCACACACUGCACAGGCUAUUAAGGCAUGUGUGGACAAAUGCAUGCAAGAGUGGACCAUACCAAAGGAGAAGAUCCUGACGGUAAUAACGGACAAUGGGAGUAACAUGGUGGCAGCCUUUAAAAACACCACAGCAGAAGAAACCAGCUCUGAGGACGACUCCCCUGGGUCCACGAUCGAAAGUGACUCUGAAAUUGAUGACCAGCGGUAUCGUCAUGUCGACAUGGAAUUGGACCGGACACCAUGUGUUGUGCAUACCAUACAACUGGUGGUCCACAUGUUGCAGAAAGAAACAACUGUCAAAAGAGUUCUCGAUAAAGCUAGGUCUGUGGUGAAGCUCUUUCGCAAGUCCUCAGUUGCAACACAAAAGUUAUUGGACCAAUGUGGUGUUAUUGUUGUAAAUGACUGCCCCACACGCUGGUCAAGCACAUUUAACAUGAUCACACGACUCCUCAAAGUCAAAGAUGCAGUCUGUCAAAUCUCAAAUGACAUGGGAUGGGACAGUUUGCUUACUAGUGAGUGGCAAAAGCUUUCCUCAUUGCAUGACCUAUUGCUGCCUUUUGCAGAACACACUAAAACUCUUCAGAGUGACACCACAUCUAUGUCUCUAGUGGUUCCUGCCCUCUUUGAUCUGCUGACCCACCUAACUGACUUUGCAGUGAACACUCGGUACAGAGACCUCGCUACUCUUGCAGACAAGAUGAGAUCAAAUCUGAACCAGCGUUUUGCUUGCAUCUUGGAUACAACUGAUGAAAAGUUUUCACCACUUGCAGCAGCUGCCUGCUUUGUUAACCCAACUGUCUGUGAAAUCAUUGUUAAUGUUGAUGUUGCUAAUGGAAAUAUCCAGGAACUGCUAAAGCAGGCAGAAGACUAUGUAGUCAAAUGCACAAAACAGGAGGGCCAGUCUGAAAAUGAUGAAGAGGAGGUUAUUGAGGAACCAGAAGCAGCGCCAUCCUCAAAGCAGCCGGUGUUUAGGUUUCUCUCAAAAUGCCGCACCACAAGGCCUAAACAGAAAACCUCCACAAGCAACAUCAGGCAGCAGAUCAUCAAGUACAAGGAAGAACUCUCCCAUCCCAUCAUUGAGGACACAGGAACAGACUUCUGGCUGGGAAAGAGUGACAGUGUUUACCACAGUUUAAAACCUUUUGCAUUAGACUUGUUAGCUAUGCCCGCUUCUCAAGCUUUUGCAGAGAGGGUAUUUAGCAUCACAGGUGACCUCACAAGAGGACGGCGCAACAGAGGAAGGGUCACAUUGGAGCGAAGUGCUUUCCUUAAGAUGAACAGAAACAAAUAGAAAUAUUGUAUUCACUAUUGCAACAUUUCCUGUAGUAGUAUACAAUUUACACAGGACAGUAACCGCAUGAAGAAAAUGAUGCUAACAUAGUUGUAUGGUUUUUUUUUUUUUUGUUUGUUUAAUGUGAUUUACCUGUAUUUUCACUGCUGAGAGAGCAGAGAGGAGUUUUUAUUUACUUGAACUUUAAGGACUAUUUCUUUGGCAUUGUGUGGCAUUGCAGCCAAUACAUCUUUUGUUCUAAAUUUAAGAAUUGCACUAAUUUGUUCUGUUCAAAAUCUUGUUGAUUUUACAGAGUAGCAAGGCAUUGUGUCUUAGAAGUUAUUUAACUUCUCUUGAGGUACAUGGACAUUUACAGUAGUGUUUAUUUUUUGUAUUUAAAUACCUUGUGAAGUGGCAUUACAACCAGUUAUUUUAAUUUUUGAGAAUUGCACUUUAUAUUUCUUUAUGCUUUUGAUUUUGCAAACACUGUAAAAGACAGUAAGUUCAUUGGUUAUCUAUUUCAAUAAUGCUGUACUUUAUCUUGAAAGAAUGUCAUAUGCGUUUCAUAUAAUUCCGGGACAAUGCAUAUCUUUUUCAGGGAGCAUGUAUAUUGUUCAGGGAGAGCAGGUCUUUUGGUUAUUUUUUGUGAAAAAGACUCAUGUUUUUGACAUGUAAUAAAAUGUUUUUAUUACAACAAUAAGAUAUGUGCCUGUAUUCUAUAUAU